AUGGGUGUGGCUGCAGGCGAACUUAUUGUACCUUUCACGGGCGCUAUCCAAGCUGCCUUCUCCGUCCUUCUGACCAUCGCCUUCGGUGUUGUUGCAGCGCAAUGCAAUUUACUAUCACCCAAAGCGGCGAAGGAAGUUUCGAAGCUAUGUGUGCGCAUGUUUCUACCGGCGCUGUUGAUCUAUAAGAUUGGCUCCAAUCUGCAUCAAGACACAGGCGUAAGAUAUGUGCCCGUCCUCAGUAAGUUCAAUCCCACCAUACAGUUGACAGAAUCAAAGCUUACGCGGACAGUAUGGUCAAUAUCAUAUACACUACUUUCUGUCUUCGUCGGUCGCCUCCUCACGCGCAUCUUCAAGUUACCAGCCUGGGUCGCACCAGCCAUCGCUUUCAACAACACAACUUCGCUUCCACUUCUUCUCAUCCAGUCGCUCAAACAAACCCAAAUUCUCGAUGCUAUCCUCAUUGGUGGCGAGUCUGGCAGCCAGGCUAUGGAUCGUGCCGAGUCAUACUUUCUGGUGAAUGCCAUGGUCAGCAACUCGCUGACGUUUGCUAUUGGACCUGGUCUGCUAAGGCCGGGAGAUGAGGAUGCAUCUGACGAACAAGAAGGAGAAGAUGACGAAGAUAACGGUCAGGCAAACGAGGACGGCGAGAGCAGUGACAUGGAGCGAGGCCCUGAAGGAAUCAUCGACGAGGAGACUUCGCUACUCCCACAGCGCAUAACCAAGCCCGCGAAUCGCAUUGAGAAGAAGGGGUAUCUCAAAACACAAAAGUGGUACAAUAAUUUGUCGCCAUGGCUGCAAGAGACUUUGAACAUCACAUGGCAGUUUGCCAAUGCUCCAUUGUUAGGUGCCAUUGUCGGCGCAGUCAUUGGGCUCACACCGGCUCUCCAUAGGCUUUUCUUCAGUCCUAGCAACGAGGGCGGAUACCUCAAUGCUUGGCUUACGACCGCUAUAAAGAACAUUGGCGAGCUCUUUGCUACGACCCAGAUCAUCGUUGUCGGAGUAAAGCUCAGCAAGAGCAUGCUGCGAAUGAAGCGCGGUGAGGAUAGUGGUGAAGUUCGCAAAGGAAGUUUGGCAAUUGUCACCUUGAUUAGGUUCAUCAUUUUGCCCUUGAUAAGCAUACCCUUGAUCUGGGUAGUCGCAUCGAAAACAAAACUUCUCGAUGCAGACCCCAUGCUUUGGUUUUCGAUGAUGUUGAUGCCUACCGGUCCUCCCGCUAUGAUCUUAGUAGCCCUGACCGAUGUCACGGGCGCAGCUGAGUCGAUGAAGAUGACUGUUGCCAAGUUCCUUACCAUUAGCUACGCAAUAACGCCAAUGAUCUGCUUUGCUGUCGUCGGAGCUCUGAAAGCUACGGAAGCCGCGAUCGAGCACAUGUAA